AGCGCUCUACUGCUUGUAUGGGCCCGCACUCCCCCAGUCCAUGGAUUAUUUUCCCUUGAAAAAGGACAUCAAACUCAUUACUAAAUUGUUUCAGUUUUUUCAUUUGACCGUUUGGCAAUGACAUGGGCCCCAGAGACAGCUGCUGAGGAUUCCGGGGACGGCUUCUAGAUGCAGGUGAAGGUGCCAGUGGAGCCUUUUGGUUCGCUGCCUCUGUGGCCGCCUCCGGGAUCUCUGGUAAGCCUCUCUUGGAUGGAGCUCCACUUGUUUUUUGUCUGAGCUCUUCGAGUUUGUUUGUUCCAAUCCUUUUGAGUGGAACAUUGGGGUGUGAGAGACUCCUGAUUUUUCAGUGUGGAAAUUGAAGUGUGAAAGACUCCAGAAAUCCCCAAAUCCCUUGGGAAGGGCACUCCACUAUAUUUCCUCCAAUCCAUGGAUUGAAUUCCCUUGAAUAAAGGGCAUCAAACUCUGCUAAACUUUUAGUUUUGCCAUUUGAUGAUAGUAAACUUGGGAUAUUGAAACAUAGUGCAAAGAACUCUGAACUUAGAUUUUAAGAUUGGGAGUUAGGAUCUGGCUUCUCCAGCUACUUGAGGGAUACAGUGUAGUCCUAUUUUAUGCAAUUUUGAAUUAAAUAUUGACUAUUAAAUAUUGACUAUAAAGUAUUAAAUUUCUCAAUGCAAACAAUUUGAAAUAAUGCAGUCCCCUCAUAAGACCUGCAUAAUUCCUAAGCUCUUCAGGUUUGCUGAAUAAUAAGCUGUUUAUUUUAUUGAAAUAUUUCCACUUUAGCAAGUGAAAAGAAAUACCCAAUGUCUUCUGUCAUGGAAACGAUCUUAAAAUACAUAAAUCUUAGUCAGAUUUUGCAGGGUCUUCAGGAAGGCAUUUCUUGCAUAAAAAACAGUCUCUUUGGCCUAGAAUUUUUGAUGAGCUGCGUGUUACAGCAGAUUCUGAACAAAGAUGUAAUGAAGCUUAAAUGGGCAAAGGAGACAGAGCAUGUGGCGCCCAGCCAGUCGGAAUGUCGGGGGAGAGCAGGAACGCCAGCUCAUGAGAGUCCACAAAACCACCCGUUCAGGGGCCAGGAACCAGUGUGGCUUCAACCAAGAAUAGACCAGAAGGCUGCCACUCUGCCAAAGGAUGCCUUUGAAACUCAGCAGGACUUAAAUGAGGAAGAAGCUGUUCAGGUGCAUGGAGGCAAGGACCCAGCCCCAGUGUCCACCCAGAGUGUGCCAGCCGAAGGGGAAGAUGCUGCAGACCCUAUGCCAGUCUACAGAGAUGGACAGAAUGAAGCAGAUAGCGCCCCAGAAGACCUUCAGUCUUUUGGGACCAGCCGGCUGCUCUAUCACAUCACUGAUGGUGACAACCCACUGCUGUCCCCUCGAUGCUCCAUCUUCAGCCAAAGCCAGAGAUUCAACUUAGACCCUGAGUCAGCCCCUUCUCCACCCAGCACUCAGCAGUUUAUGAUGCCCCGAAGUUCUUCCCGGAGUGGCUGUGGUGGGGGCAAGGAACCGCAGACCAUUGCCCAGCUCACCAAGCACAUCCAGAGCCUCAAGCGGAAAAUCCGGAAAUUUGAAGAAAAAUUUGAACAAGAGAAGAAAUACCGGCCUUCCCACGGCGACAAGACUUCUAAUCCUGAAGUCCUGAAAUGGAUGAAUGAUUUGGCUAAAGGCCGUAAACAGCUCAAAGAACUAAAGCUGAAGCUAUCGGAGGAACAGGGAAGUACUCCCAAAGGCCCACCUAGAGACCUGUCCUGUGAGCAACCCAUGGUCCCCACAGAGAACGUGAAGCCAGAAGCUGUGGGCCCUGAGCCAAGCUCCUCUGGAGAGGAGACUCCAGAUGCUGUGUGGACAUGCUUGAAGGAGAAGAGAGAACAGCUUCCCUCUCAGGAGGAUUCUAAGGUAACUAAGCAAGACAAAAACCUCAUAAAGCCUCUUUAUGAUCGAUGCAGAAUUAUCAAGCAACUCUUGUCAACACCUUCCCUGAUUCCAACAAUUCAGGAGGAAGAAGACACUGAUGAAGACUGUCCACAGGGAAGCCAACAGCCUUCUUUGCCAAAUCCAGCAUCUCACAUUCCUGGUGGCGAUCACCUCACCUACUCUAAUGAGACUGAGCCUGUAAGGGUCCUGCUACUGGAAGAGAAGAAAGAAAUCAAACCACCAGCCCUCUCCAUGUCCAAUUUACAUGAGGCCACCAUGCCUGUACUUCUUGACCAUCUCCGAGAAACUAGGGCUGACAAGAAGAGACUUCGGAAAGCCUUAAGAGAAUUUGAAGAACAAUUUUUUAAACAAACAGGAAGAAGUCCACAAAAGGAAGAUAGGAUACCCAUGGCGGAUGAGUACUAUGAAUACAAGCACAUAAAAGCCAAAUUGAGACUACUAGAGGUCCUAAUCAGCAAGCAAGAUGUGGCUAAAACAAUUUGAAGUUCAAGAAAUGUUUGUGAUAACUUUCAUCCAAGAAAAAGUUUAUUUUCCUCUGCUAUUCUUGCUGAGUAAGUAGUUUUGACAUACUGGAAACUGAAGCACUUUAGUGGUAGUAUUAGCUAUUUUUAAGAAGGGAUGGCAAGUGUAAUUAUAAAUGAUGAAGAGAUUUAAAUGGGGGGAAUAUAAUAUGUAACAGUAUAAUUAGAAAAAUAAAAUUCAAUGUACUCUAUGCCAAGGAGAAAACUCACAGUCAGUAUAUUUCAGAAAACACCUAAUAUUUUAUCAAUUCUAAAUAAUACAUGGCAUCCACUUGUUCAAUGGGCCACUUGUUAGAGAAAGUCUAGUGUCCAAAGAUUGCUUAUGCUGAUUUAUGGGAAAAAACAUGAUUUUUAAAAAUCAAUGAGAGGAGGAAAAGAAACUCUGCUUUUUAGGUAGGAAGGAAUACAGAUAGUAAGAAUGUAACUUAUUUGAAACUUCUAAUAGAUUUUUAAGUGUUAAAAAAGAUCUACUACCUUGUCUCCUAUGUCUGCUAGGCGUUCAGUACCCUAAAAUAUACUGAAAUGUGUCACUGCUAAUUUUUUAUUUCUAUAUAAAAAUAGCACAUUAUUUUAUGUUAAUUGAAAUUUUACAUUUCUGAUUACCAAAGUUCAUUCUGAUAGCAUGUACUUUGUGAAUUAUCUUUGUCUAUGAUUGACAGAUGUUUAUAUUAAAAUAAAAUAUUGUACUGAAAUUUGAAAAUAGGUAUUUUGGAUAGAUAAGUGUCUGCAGUAUAUAGCUAAUGUGAUCAUAGUUAUGAUUGCUAAUCAUUUUGUUUACUAUAACUAAGAUUAUAUAACUAUUUUUCCAUUGGGAAUAUGCAUUUUUCUUAAUGUUCCAAGGUCUAUACUUUGUAAAGUUAAAGAGAUCUCUCAUGAGCUAUAGUUAUUCUUCAUUCUGUAUAAAAUGAAAGAUUUGAGAAUUGUUUGCUAUGACACCUUGGAAAAAAAGCCAGAAUAUUUUAUUUGCUUCAUCAACUUUAGUGUAUGUUGUUUUGUGUUAUUUUGUACUAAAACACAUUUAUUAUUUUUGCUUUUGUAAAAAUAAGGUCGACAUUUUCUCUCUUGUACCAGCCAUGU